AUGGCUGCGUUGGGGUCUUGGCUGUCCAUAGUUGUCCGGAGAUUGCACUGCAGCGCAGCGGCUCGGGCCGGCGGCCGGUGGCGACUUCAACAGGGACUGGCUGCCAACCCUUCCAGCUAUGGGCCCCUCAUGGAGCUUCCUGACUGGUCUUUCGCCGAUGGCCGUCCUGCUCCCCCAAUGAAAGGCCAACUUCGAAGAAAAGCUCAAAGGGAGAAGCUUGCAAGACGAGUUGUACUGCUGACACAGGAAAUGGAUGCUGGAUUACAGGCAUGGAAGCUCAGGCAGCAGAAGUUGGAGGAAAAAAGGUAGCAGGAACAUGGUCUUAAA